CUCAGUACGAAGAAAGAGAGCUACCGAAAGGAGUAAGAAACCCUCGCCUCUUCCUGCGAGAAACCCUUCUCCUUCUCUUGAAAUCGCCGGAUUCUCUUUCUCCAAACCCACUUUGUCUUUCUCUGCACCGUCCAUCCGGUGUGCCGUACCUCGAUCGGUUACAGUUCAAGAGAACAAAGGCCAUGAAGUUCUCUGGCAGUUAUACUUGCAAGCGACUUACAUGUGGAUUUCUUCCCCCAAACACCACCUCUAAGUGACUGACACAGAACUUACAGGCAUCCAAACGACCCAGUAACAGCAGAAGAGAAGAGGCAUGGGAGAGGAGGCGAAUUCGACGCAGGAACCUCCAAACGAGACCAUGCCAGACAACGUCCAGGCCUUGCUUGAGGCUGCUAGAUAUGCUGACAUUGAUGACAUGAUAAGCUUAGCGUCUACAGGUGUUUCUCUUGAUUCUAAGGAUUUUGAAGGCCGAACAGCACUUCAUAUGGCUGCUGCCAAUGGACAUCUUGACAUAGUGGAUUAUCUUAUCAGAAAUGGAGCGGAUCUUAAUGCUUGUAAUGCAGAGAAAAACACCCCUCUCCAUUGGGCUUGCCUUAAUGGUCAUGUUGAGGUGAUUAGGAAUUUGAUUAUGGCGGGAGCUGAUGUAACUACCCUAAACAGCCAUGAGCGGACCCCGAUGGAUGAAGCAGUUAGCAAGGGUAAGAUGGAGGUGGUUGAUGCAAUCAAUGCUUCUGUAGCACAAGUGGAACUUGAUGGUGUUAGGGUUUCCUGAGUCUUACUAUCAGAACUGAAAGCAGGACAACUUUGUGGAUGUACAGACCUCAAGUUUCAACCUGCUUCGCAGCCUUGUGUUAUUUAGACUAAGCAGCGGGGUUUGGGUAAAGUGGCUAAAGUAUCCAGCGGUGUUUGGGUAAAAAUGGCUCUUAAUAUCUCUACUUUGAUGAGGACCUGAAUUAGCGGAAUAUACUGUUGCUCUCCUCAUGGGAUGAUGUAAUUUUGAUCCUCACCUUCUCUACCGUAAAUGCGCCGAAUGAGAUUGUCCAAA